ACGUAACGUGCUUUAAUUAAAAGAGAGGGUCAUCGGCCCAAAACCUCUUUGCCGCAUUCCCAAGACCUUUUGCCCCGCGAUUUUGAAUCGUUCCGCGGAAGCUACUCGUCCGAGAUCGAAGAUUUCGAUGAAUUAGACGGCAAAAGGGAUCCCUUUUCCUUGGUUUCUUCUGUUGAUCCUCUGAUCGGGGGAUUCUGAUCGAGAAUUUUCUUCUUUUUCUCGGUGGAGUUCCUUCGAAGAUAUCGAAGGAUCGAGGUUUUAAUCGUUGGAUCUCCUUUGGAUGGGCCUGCCACAGCGCGGAGUUGGUGGGAUUUAACAGCCUCCUGAUCGGAAAGAGUGGUAAGAAAUGAAUGAAGAGACCAGGACCCUUGUCUAGUCUUUUGAAGAACACAAUGAAGUGCUUGUGUUCUGGUGAACAAUUACAAGUAGAUGAAAUGGUUCGGUCGUCUGAGUCCCUGGCCACCAAGGAGUGCUCAGCCGUACGUUAUUCAUGUCAAAAUGGUGAGACUGAGCAGAGGGUCGACACUGGAAACAUUGAAGAAGCUGAAUCAUCUCUUCGUGAAGGUCUCUGCUUAAAUUAUGAGGAAGCAAGAGCCCUGCUUGGAAGGCUAGAAUAUCAAAGAGGAAAUGUGGAAGCUGCACUUCGUGUUUUUGAUGGAAUAGAUCUUGCUUCGGUAGGCCCUAAGAUCAGAACUGCUAUUACUAAAAGAAUAGAACGCCGGAAGUUUCAUUCAAACUGGGAUUCAGGACCAAUGUCCAUACAUGCAGUUAGCUUACUUGUUGAAGCAGUAUAUCUGAAAGCAAGAGCACUGCAAGAUCUUGGAAGGUUUAAAGAAGCUGCUCAAUCAUGCAACAUUGUUUUGGACACUUUAGAGUCUGCAUUACCUGAUGGCUCACCAGGGAAUAUUACUGAUAAUAAAUUACAGGAGAUAGUAUGCAAGGCAGUUGAGUUGCUUCCGGAGCUUUGGAAGCUGGCUGGUUUCUCCCAUGAAGCCAUCUCAUCUUACCGGCGGGCCCUCCUUGGACACUGGAAUCUUGAUGCUGAUACUAUGGCAAAGAUACAAAAAGAAUUUGCUAUUUUUCUUCUUUAUGGAGGCUGUGAUGCAAGCCCUCCAAACCUUCGUUCUCAAAUGGAUGGUGCAUUUAUACCCAGGAACAAUAUGGAAGAGGCAAUUCUUCUGUUAAUAAUUCUAUUGAGGAAGUUUGCUCUCAAGAGAAUUGAGUGGGAUCCAUCUAUCGCUGAUCAUCUGACUUAUGCGCUAUGUGUCUCCGGGCAGCUAAGUUCUCUGGCCGGUCAGGUAGAAGAGUUGUUACCUGGUAUCCUAGAGAGGAAAGAACAGUAUUAUACUCUUGCGUUGUGUUACUUAGGGGAAGAUGAUGACCUUACGGCUCUGAAUUUGCUGAGGAAGCUACUGAGUGCUAGCGAGGAUCCAGAUUGUGUAAAAGCAUUGUUACUUGCUUCUAAAGUUUGUGGUGAGAAUAGUUUUUGUGCAGAGGAAGGGGUUUUGUUUGCACGCAGGGCGCUUGCCAAUGUCCAUGGUUGCUGUGAUCAAAUUGGAAGUGUAGCUAACUGUUUACUCGGCAUUUCUCUUUCAGCGCAGGCUAGAUCUUCUACCUCUGAUUCAGAAAGAGUUUCGAGGCAGUCCGAGGCACUUGAGGUGCUUGAAAAAGCUGAAAAAAUGAUUCCUGGAAAAGAUUAUAGGACCACAUAUAAUCUCAGCUUAGCAAAUGCUGAACAGAGAAAGUUGGAUGCAGCACUUCGCUAUGCCAAGCAGCUUCUGAAACUAGAGGCUGGAUCAAAUGAGGCUGGAUGGAUUCUUUUAGCUCGAAUAUUAUCUGCUCAGAAACGGUUUGUUGAUGCGGAGACCAUUAUUGAUGCUGCUUUGGAACAAACAGGAAAGUGGAGCCAUGGAGAACUAUUGCGAACUAAAGCUAAAAUUCAGAUUGCACAGGGAAAACUGAAGAAUGCCAUUGAGACAUAUACUCAUCUUCUUGCCAUAAUUCAGUUGAGGACUAAAAGUUUUGGUGUUGGACUGACAUCAUUAAAGGGUGACAAAAAUGAUAGAAGUUUGGAAAUCCAGACAUGGCAUGACCUGGCUAAGGUCUACAUAAGCAUGUCACAAUGGAGGGAUGCUGAAGUUUGCUUAUCUAAACUUAAGUCUAUAAGUCCUUACUCUGCUUUAGGAUGGCAUGCUACAGGGCAGCUGCAUGAAGCACAAGGACUCCUUAAGGAAGCUCUAGGAGCAUAUGCUAAAGCAUUGAAUAUAGAGCCAGCCCAUGUCCCGAGCUUGGUUUCAACAGCAAUUGUUCUUAGACAUCUUGGUGAUCAGCCAUCGGUUGUCAUUAGGAGCUUCCUGACUGAUGCACUUCGGCUGGACCGGACUAACCAUGUUGCUUGGUUCAAUCUUGGUCUACUUUAUAAGGCUGAAGGUGCCAGAUCAGCACUUGAGGCCGCUGAGUGUUUUCAGGCUGCUGCCCUUCUUGAAGAAACUGCACCAGUUGAACCCUUCCGAUUCAUCAAUAUGCCAUCUUUGUGUAUCCAGACGCUUAGGCAAUUAAACUUCGUCGAUCUUAAACAUGAGAAUGGGGGGGCGGAGGAAGAAGAUGCCUCUAUGCCGGUAUUUGUACGCGUCGGCGACAGGGCGGUUCUUGAGACGAGGAGCCUCUCGUGGGUCAAUGGGAAUUGGCCGCCUUUGGAUAUGCUCAUUUGGGUUUACUUGAGAUUUAAGUCAAGUUGGGCCGGCAUCUGGGUAGGGAAAUCGUAUGUGAACAACGAUAAGCCGAAGCCCAGGAACCGAUGCGGCCCAAAGACGCUGGCUUUAUCAUUGUUUCGUUGCUUUAAAGUUGCCUUGAUGACUUUGUGCUGCGCUACAGGCGGUCGCCACCACUCCUUCUUGGCGUUCUCCAAGUCUCUACAGCUCCGUCUCUCCGUGGGAACUCUUCGUCCCAUGUCCUACCGCCCCAACUACCAAGGCGGCCGCAGGGGGGGCCGGGGCGGCGGUAGAGGUGGGGGAAGGGGCGACGGCGGCGGCGGCGGCGGAAGAGGCGGGGGAAGGGGCGGCGGUCGCGGGGAGCAGAGGUGGUGGGAUCCCCAAUGGAGGGCCGAGCGUCUUCGCCAGAUGGCCGGCGAGGUGGAAAAGCUGGAUGAAAAUGAAUGGUGGAGUAGGAUACAACAAUUAAAACAAGGUAGCCAGCAGGAGCUGAUAGUUAAACGUAACUUUGGGCGUGAUGGUCAGAAUACUCUGGCAAAUAUGGCUCAGAAUCAAGGCUUAUACUUCCAUGCAUACAACAAAGGUAAAGCACUUGUAUUUAGCAAGGUUCCUUUACCAGAUUAUCGUGCUGAUCUUGAUGAAAGACAUGGAUCAACACAAAAAGAGAUUAAAAUGUCCACAGAAACUGAAAGAAGAGUCGUAAGUCUUUUGGCUAGAUCAAAAGAUAUAUCAACCCAAAAUAGUUCCACCAGUACAUUCACUCAGGCGGAGAAGCAACCUUUAUCUAGCGUGCCCAUCUCUAGAUCUGAAUCCUCUUCAUCUUUUGAUACUAUGAAGGAGAAGUUUAGUUUUGAACUUAGGGAGCUGCAGAACUCCAAGAAGGCAUCCCCGAGCACUAAAGCAAUGCUUGCUUUCAGGGAAAAAUUACCAGCCUACAAACUCAAGGAUGAGUUUUUGAAAGCUGUGGCAGACAAUCAGGUGCUUGUUGUUUCUGGAGAGACAGGUUGUGGCAAGACUACACAGCUACCUCAAUUCAUAUUAGAGCAGGAGAUUGAACAUCUACGAGGAGCAGAUUGUAGUAUAAUAUGUACUCAGCCACGUCGGAUAUCAGCUAUAUCUGUCGCAGCACGCAUUGCUUCUGAAAGGGGUGAAAGUCUUGGAGAAACUGUUGGUUACCAGAUCCGUUUAGAAGCAAAGCGUUCUGAGCAAACACGUUUACUGUUUUGCACAACAGGAGUCUUACUCCGAAGGCUGGUUCAGGAGCCAGACCUUGCAGGUGUUAGUCAUCUACUUGUUGAUGAAAUUCAUGAAAGAGGCAUUAAUGAGGAUUUCCUCAUUAUAAUUUUGCGUGAUCUUCUGCCACGGCGACCUGACCUUCGGCUAAUAUUAAUGAGUGCUACUUUGAAUGCUGAUCUCUUUUCCAGAUACUUUGGAAAUGCACCAGUCAUCCACAUACCGGGUUUUACUUUUCCUGUGGCAGAACUGUUUCUAGAGGACAUAGUGGAAAAGACUCGAUACAAGAUUAAGCAUGAGUUGGAUAAUUAUCAAGGGAACUCGAGGAGGAGAAGAAGGCAACCAUCGGCAAAAAGUGAUCCUUUGACAGAAAUGUUUGAGGAUGUUGAUGUUGAUAUACAGUACAAGAACUACAGCUUUCCUACAAGACAGUCUCUUGAAGCCUGGGAUGGUGGACAACUGGAUCUGGGUCUUGUGGAAGCAACUAUCGAACAUAUUUGCUGCCAUGAAGGGGAUGGAGCUAUCCUUGUAUUCCUUACGGGUUGGGAUGAGAUAUCUAAGCUGCUUGAAAAAAUUAAAGGGAACACUUAUCUUGGGAAUUCUAGCAAGUUUCUUGUUCUUCCUUUGCAUGGUUCAAUGCCCACUGUCAAUCAACGUGAAAUUUUUGACAGACCUCCAAGUAAUAUGAGGCAAAUUGUUCUAGCGACAAAUAUUGCAGAAAGUAGCAUUACAAUAGAUGAUGUUGUUUAUGUCAUUGAUUGUGGAAAAGCAAAAGAAACAAGUUAUGAUGCUCUCAAUAAACUGGCUUGCCUGUUACCGUCAUGGAUAUCAAAGGCUUCAGCACAUCAGAGAAGGGGACGUGCAGGUCGAGUUCAACCUGGGGUGUGUUAUAGGUUGUACCCAAAAAUUCUUCAUGAUGCUAUGCCCCAGUAUCAAUUACCUGAAAUUCUUCGAACCCCUUUACAAGAACUAUGCCUUAAUAUUAAAAGCUUACAGCUUGGAGCAAUUGCAACAUUCUUGGCCAAGGCACUUCAGCCUCCUGAUCCGCUCUCUGUUAAAAAUGCAAUUGAAAUUUUGAAAACUAUUGGAGCGCUAGAUGACACCGAGGAGCUUACUGCAUUAGGACGCCAUCUGUGCAUGCUUCCUUUGGAUCCAAAUAUUGGAAAGAUGCUGCUUAUGGGGUCUAUAUUCCAGUGCCUAGAUCCAGCACUGACAAUUGCUGCUGCUCUUGCACAUCGUGACCCAUUUGUUCUACCAAUAAAUAGAAAAGAAGAAGCUGAUGCUGUAAAAAGAUCCUUUGCUGGUGACUCUUGCAGUGAUCACAUAGCUCUUUUAAAAGCUUUUGAAGCAUGGAAGGGUGCUAAACGCAGUGGAAGAGAACGAGCUUUCUGUUGGGAGAAUUUCUUGUCCCCCAUAACCUUGCAAAUGAUGGACGACAUGAGAAACCAGUUCUUGGAUCUAUUAUCUGACAUAGGUUUUGUGAACAAGGCUAAAGGUGCCAAGGCAUAUAACCACUAUGGAGAUGAUAUGGAAAUGAUAUGUGCCGUUCUGUGUGCUGGGCUUUACCCUAAUGUUAUCCAAUGCAAAAGGAGAGGGAAGAGGACAGCAUUUUACAGCAAAGAUGUUGGGAAAGUUGAUAUUCAUCCUUCCUCUGUUAAUGCAGGGGUCCAUCUAUUCCCUUUGCCUUACAUGAUUUACAGCGACAAAGUGAAAACCUCAAGUAUAUAUAUCAGGGAUUCGACAAAUAUUUCAGACUAUGCUUUGCUCUUGUUUGGAGGCAGCCUCAUGCCAAGUAAAUCUGGAGAGGGCAUCGAGAUGCUGGGUGGAUACCUUCACUUUUCGGCACCAAAGAGUACACUACAUCUUAUUCAGAGAUUGAGAGGAGAGCUUGACAAACUGUUGCAAAGGAAAAUUGAGGAGCCAGCGCUUGAUGUCCAUUCGGAGGGUAUUGAUGUUGUUGCUGCAGCUGUCGAACUUUUGCACAGCCAGAAUGUCUACCACUGAAUGAUAUAUAUAUAUAUAUAUAUAUAUAUAGAGAGAGAGAGAGAGAGAGAGAGAGAGAGUAUUCCUAUCUUCUCAUCCUUCAGCAAUUUAUAUAAGCAAGAUAGAAGCUGCACGUCCUCCUUCCAACAGUGAUUCUGCUUCUCGUUUGAGCGUUCUUAUUCCCAUAGGAGAUGUGAAACUAUGGCACUUUAUUUUUGCUAUCAUAUGGCAUGAUUUUUGUGAUCCAAUGAUGACACAGAAAAAUAGUAGAUUAUAAUGAUUCCUUGGUUAACUGUUCCUGAAAA